AGCCGCUCAGACUCAGUUUGUCGAGCGAAGGUCGUGAGCGUGGUGAUCUGCAUACGCUGUCGCUAGGGCAUGCCGCCCGCCGUAACUGCUGCAGCGCUUUUGGACUUCGUGGUCGGCAUACAUCACCUGGACAGUGCCAUACAAUAGUAGUCCUCCAUUUUGCGCAGGUUGCGCACCGUGACUUUCACAAUGGGAGGUGAACCAGUGCAAAUAAUACGAGUCAAGGUUGACCACAGCAUUGAGUUCAACGAGCCUGAGCUCAAGCGCAUCCUCUUGGCUGACCACGUGAAAGAUCGUCCGGUCGUCGUGAUAUCAAUCGCUGGAGAAUACCGACAAGGAAAAUCUUUUCUAUUAAGCUUCUUCUUGCGGUACCUCCAGAACAAUUGUCGAUCCAACUGGAUGGAUGAUGAAGAAACCCCGCUGAUUGGCUUCCAGUGGCGGCCGGGCAGUAUUCGCGAGACAACGGGCAUCUUGAUAUGGAGUGAAGCUUUUUUGAUGACUAACUCGAAGGGGGAGGAGGUUGCGGUUUUACUGAUGGACACACAAGGAAUCUUCGAUUGCGAGUCAACAAUGAAAGAGAGCACCAUGAUAUUUUCGCUUUCUAUGAUGACCAGCUCUGUGCAGAUUUACAACGUAAUGAGCAACAUCAAAGAAGAUGACCUGCAACAUCUUCAGUUUUUUGCCGAGUACGGCAUGCUUGCGCACAAGGAAAAUGAGAGACACCCCUUUCAAAAGCUUCUCUUCCUGGUUCGAGACUGGAACUGGCCGUAUGAGUGGGAGUUCGGCUCUCGUGGUGGCAGAGCACUCAUCGCUAGUCGUCUGGAGAUAAAUGAUGGACAAGAUACAGAGCUGAAGACAUUGCGCCAGAGCAUCAAGUCUAGCUUUUCGGACAUCGACUGCUUCCUGAUGCCGCAUCCAGGAGAUAAGGUGGCACGCGAGAAGUCCUUCAAUGGUCGUCUUGUAGACAUUAACGAAGAGUUUCGGGAGAAGCUUCAAGAGCUUGUUCCUUCCAUCCUAGCUCCAGACAACCUGUUGGUGAAGGAGAUUAAUGGUCGAACACUGUCGUGCCAAGAACUGAUGACACUCUUCAAGGCUUACGCGGGUGUAUUCAGUGAAGUGAUUUGCCGAAACCAACAUCCUUAAUGCUGGCUACUGCGAAUGCAUGUAAUCUGAAUGCUAUGGACAAAGCAAGAAAACAUUAUGUGGCUGGAAUGAGAAGCAGACCACGAAGAAACCUGGAAGAACUGCGCCAGUUUCACAGCGCCCUGCUGGAAGAGGCGUUAAAAAUUUUCAAAGACUACCCAAGGAUGGGCAGCGAGUCGAGAUCCACCACAUCUAUGGACGCCCUCAUAAAGGAGCUCGAACAGUACUUCGAACAGCUUUUAAAGGAAGAGGAAGAACUGAUGAAAAAGGAACAGGAAGAGGAAGCAAAAAGAGAGAAGGAAAGAUGCGAGGAAAGGAAGAGGGAAGCAGAAAGGGAGAGAGAACGAGUUUCGGAACGACUAAGAGUGGCAGCGAGAGAAGCGGAAAUAG